AUGGCUGAAGAGAAGCAGAAGAGUGGUGAGAAGAGGCAGAAGAGCUGUGCUGAUUGCAAGACCACUAAGACACCUAUGUGGAGAAAUGGGCAGGGUGGUUCUAAGACACUUUGCAAUGCCUGCGGCAUCAGACUGAGGAAGCUACUUGCCAGGCUGAACCCAGAAAACUCAGCAAACAAAGGGAAGAGAACCACACCCAAACCACGAAGAACUAGGCCAGCAACAGCCUCUGUCUCUACCAUGGGCUCAACAACAAACCCUGCUGCUGGUAAUAGCACUUGUACAACAGCCAACAGUGGUCCUGAUGCUGCUUCUUCUUCUUCUCGUGGCAUUGCUGGUGGUGUUCGCACCAAAUACUCGAUUAAGAGAGUGAGGUUUAUUGCGAAUAAGCAGGGUGUGGUGAAGAAACUGAGGUGCUUCCAAAUGAGGAGGACUAAUUUUAAGAGGACUGGUUUCUUCUUCUUUGAAAGAAAGCGGACGCUGCCGGAAGCGGAACAAAUAGCUGUGGCGGCAUUGCUAGCUCUCUCAGGCUCAGUUCUUGAUUGA